AUGUCUGACAACAACAAUAAAGAAGAGGACACAUCAAAACAAGAGCAACAAAAAGACUUGAACUUUUCAAUCCAAGAUAUUCUCGAAAAUAACCAUCAAAACGCGUUUUCUGUUGCUCAGCCUACUUUUCGUAACCAAAAUACACAUUCUGUUUCAUACAAUAACCUGCCUGCUGAGAUCCAACACUUGUUUGAUAUGCCUUCCGCAGAUAACAAUUAUCCCAGCAAUCAAUGGUCCGGUAGAUCUUCGCCUCUUACUCGUGUACAGUCCAAUCCAACACCACAGAGUUCACCUCAGACCUCCCCUAUGACGACCCAUUCAUCACCUAUUAUGGCAACAGCACCUUCAUCUUCUGUCCAUUCUUCCCCAUCACAACAGCCUAUUCCAAUUGCGCCACAACAGACACAGCAAGUACAACCAGCACAACCAGCCAGUGCAGACAAUCUCACUGCUCAACUUUCUUCCGAUCGGAAAGAACGAUUCAUUGAGCUCUUUAGACAACUACAAAGCAAUUCAGUUACUGCUAAUCAAUUUUUGGCACAAGCAAAGCAAUUGCUGGAUCAGCAACAAUAUCAGCAAUUAGAGAAUCUCAAAAGUAAACCAGUUCAGCGCCCAUCUCCUAAUAGACCCUCGCCUCAUAUACCACACAAGACUAUAUCGAGUUCGCAAUUACGCGCUGAAGAUGCCCAGCGUGCUAUGUCUGGUUUGAUCAGAACACCCCAAGCUAAAAGAACAAGAGCAUCUGAUAUACCCGCACAACCAUUGCCUCCACUCUAUAGAUCCAAUACAGCACCACAAUCUCCACAAUCAGUGCAACAGCAAAUGAAGCAACAUUUAAUGCAACAACAACCAAUGCAAUCAUUACCAGUACAACCACAUAUUAACCAAAAUAACUUCGACCAAUCACCUUAA